AUGAAUGAGCUGCUUGAGGAGUUUGCUGAGGCUCAUGCUGUCAGGCACGGCUACAUUCUAGCUCAAACGCUGUCACCAGUGCCGCCACCUGGGCAGCGGAACAGACUCCGACAAGUAUCCCAAAGCACCAACGCCCACAACAUUAAAGGCGAGCUGAAACACUUCAUCAAAACCAAGACGGCACGAAAAGUCAAGCUAGACCAUGACGAGGUGAACGGCUGGGUCGAUGUCUACGCCGCGUACUGGAAAGCCGUCGGUGAGAUUGUCGCCGGCGAGGAGGGGAGGUCAACAUGGACGAAGGUGUACGAGGCGUGGAAAGAGUUGACGUCCAUGCUCAUUCGCGGCUACAACAGUCACGGCUUCGAAGCAUGGACCAUCCCGACCCUGUACAUGGUUGGAAAGUACCUCCGACUCUUUGCCAUCAAGUCGGAUGCAGAACGCAGCAAGCAGUCGGAAGUAAUGCCCACGGGGUCGGCCGCCCUUAUGCAGGAUGACUUUGACCCCGAGGCAGAUAAACAGGCGCAGCUGCGCGACUGUGAGCAGCACUUGAAGAGAAUAUUCACACUUUGUCUCAAUGAUAGGGCUCCAUUGGAAGAAUCAAGAAAGUGGGGGAUAUACUACAUCAUCAAUUUGCUGUUCAAAACGUACUUCAAGCUCAACUCUGCCUCAUUGUCUAGAACAAUCCUCAAGACGCUAGCGGUGUAUAACCAAAAGGGAGACAUGCCGCCUCUGGAAUCGUUUCCAAAGUCGCAGCGCGUCACAUUCAAAUACUACGAGGGUGUGCUUUUCUUCCUCGAAGAGAAUUACGCAGAGGCUGAAAAGUACCUCGUGGAAGCCUGGGAUCUCUGUCACAAAGAUGCCAAAACGAACUCUGAGCGUAUUCUUACCUACCUCAUCCCCUGCCGGCUCCUGACCAGCCACGUCCUCCCUACCAAGAAGCUCCUGGAGCCUUACCCUCGCCUGCAGGAGCUGUUCUUACCGCUUGCCAACUGCAUCCGGAGCGGCGACCUACGCAACUUUGACUUGGCCCUACAACGCGGCGAGGAUCGGUUCGUCAAGCGCCGCAUCUACCUGACCCUUGAGCGCGGCCGCGAUAUUGCGCUGCGCAACCUGCUUCGCAAAGUAUUCGUAGCGGGUGGCUUUGAAGAGCCCAAAGAGGGCGAGACGAUACGCGUCCGUCGCACGCGCAUUGCUGCCGCAGAAUUCCAGGCUGCCAUUAGUAUGGGAAGUGGUGGCGAUAGUAUCGACACGGAUGAGGUCGAGUGCUUAUUGGCGAAUAUGAUAUACAAGGACCUCAUGAAGGGAUACAUCGCGCGGGACCGCGGCAUUGUGGUGCUGUCCAAGAGGGGGGCUUUCCCGGGGACAGGGUUAUAG